CUGAGAUAACUCUAAUGCUAGCGCUACACUAUGCGCGUAUUCGCGAUUCGUACGAUUCGUAAUUCGUAAUUCGCGAUUUAUCUGACAUUCAUGAAUAGUGUGGUGAGAAAAUUCGUUGAUUCAUCGUGCGCGAUUCGUCAUUCGCAUUGAUUCGCUGGUCGAGUGGUCAGAUAAAUCGCGGAUUAUGAAUUACGAAUCGCGAAUACGCGCAUAGUGUGGCGCUAGCAUUAAGAAUUUCUGUGCUGUAUAACACUAACAUUUCAGAAUUACUAGAAUUUAAAUAUAACUUUAAUUCAUCUGGAUAAUAUUAUUCUUUAAAAUUUUAAAAACUGUUUCUGGAUAUUCCAUAAAUGUCUUGAAAAUUUGAACAAAUCUAUUAGUGAAUUUAUAUAAAACUUAAUAAUCUUCUAAUCAUUGGCUUGUUUGUCAGUGUUAAUUCACUUGUUAUUAUUCAAAUUUGAAUAAUUUAUUUCGUGUCAUUGAGCGAAUAGAAGAGUUCAGCUCACUUACUAACACAUAAAACGUUAAUACUGAAAUAAGAACUGGAGGCAGUCGUGUCGUGGCCACGCGCGAGAACGAAGCUAGCCGCGGGGAUAUGACGUGGGUUCUCCAUUGCGACGUAUCACGCGAGAGUAAGCGAAGCAGCAGUUGCCAGCUGAUGGCCGGUCCGUGUGGUCACGCGUGCGCGCGUUCGUGUAACCGCAUGUGCAGAAUCGAACAGGCGCUCUCGCUUGUAUCUAAAGUAGUAUCGUGACUCGCAACGAAGCGCAGCGAAGCAGAGUUAAGUCGAAGUAGAUGCGUCGUUAUUGCCAUCGUUAUCCUGAUUUUCGUAGUAGCGUAGGAUGUGCAUUAUUAAAAUUUGUUAACUCGCCAAUUCUCGUCCGAGGAGGACACGAAGGCGAAGAAUGUCGUCUGUGUUCUCGAAGCUGAUCGACAGCGCGUCCGCGCGCUACGGCGUGCAACAGGAGACACUGACGUGCGGCGUCGCCGGCGCGGCUACAGCAUUCUAUCUCCUUAAACUCAUUUACCCACACAUCGUCACUCGCCUUAAAGAACCUAUCCAGGAGAAGAGCCGUCAAUCUUACACCAAGCACAAUAGACACAAUACCGUUAUUGUCCGAGAUAAUUCUUCAGAUAACAAUUCUACCGGAAAUGGCGGAAGAAAACAAAGAUUAUCAUUCGGAUUGGAUCGCGAUUUUUUCCGACAGUUGAUAAAGUUAUUGAAGAUUAUGGUGCCGGGAUGGCGUAGCCGAGAAAUGGGUUUAUUGGCAUGCGCAACAUUGACGUUAUUGGCGAGAACCUUUCUGUCGGUAUACGUAGCCGAACUGGAAGGCCAAAUCGUAAAGAGGAUAGUUUUACGUGAUAUACACGGCUUCAGUUUAAUGCUUGCACGAUGGUUCGUCAUCGCCUUGCCCGCCACCUUUGUCAACUCCGCGAUCAGAUAUCUUGAGGGUCGGCUGGCGCUUAGCUUUAGAGAACGCUUGGUAAAACAUGCCUACAAGAUGUACCUGAGUCAACAGACUUAUUAUAGAGUAUCGGCUUUAGACACUAGGCUUGGUGGGGCCGAACAAAGACUGACAGAUGACUUAUCAGAGCUAGCCAGUUCUGUAGCACAUCUAUAUUCUAGUUUAACAAAACCGCUACUAGAUUGCGCUUUAGUUGGUAUAGCGCUUAUGUCGUUUUCACACAAAAUGGGAGCAAAAACAAUACCAGGACCACUCUUAGCUGCAGCGGUUAUUGCUUUAACCGGACAAGUUCUUCGAUUUGCUUCACCAAAGUUUGGCCAACUAGUUGCUGAAGAAGCAACGCGACGUGGAAAAUUAAGAGAAGCACAUGCUCGUAUCAGUGCACAUGCAGAAGAAAUUGCAUUUUACGGAGGUCACGAUACAGAACAUCGUUAUUUAAAUUCUGCUUAUAAGUCUUUGGUAAUGCAUUUGCAUCGUAUUCUCGCUGUCAAACUGUGGUACGUGAUGCUAGAACAGUUCCUCAUGAAGUACGUAUGGUCUGGCACAGGACUCCUCGUUAUUGCGAUGCCAUUGUUGUAUAACACAGCUACAUCGGGAAGCAGAAUAAUUAAUACAGACGGCGAUGGAGGUGUAGGUGAGCGAACAAGAUAUUUGACUACUUCAAAAAAUCUUUUGAGCUCUGGCGCAGAUGCUGUCGAACGACUUAUGUCAUCUUAUAAAGAAUUAGUCGCAUUAGCAGGAUACGCAGCACGUGUGAGCGAAAUGUUAGAUGUAUUUAAAGAUGCUGCGCUCUGCAAGUACAAAAGGAACGUUGUUACCAGUAGUCCAUCGAGAUCCCUUCCAAAUGGUAACGCUGAACAUCUUGCAGAAAAAGUAAUCAAAUUUAAUAACGGCACUCCAAUAAUAAAAGGAAUUGUUCGUGAAAGCACGGAUGGCAGUAUAAGUCUAAUCAAUGUGCCGAUAGUCACACCAAAUUGCGAAGUAAUUGUACCUAAUUUAACAGUCCACAUAAAGCCAGGCGAUCAUCUUCUGAUUACUGGACCUAAUGGUUGUGGUAAAAGUUCUCUCUUCCGUAUCAUUUCCGGUCUCUGGCCUGUUUAUGAUGGAACUCUUAUUAGACCAGCCGAAAGAAAUUUUUCUGAACAUGGCAGACCAGCCCUAUUUUAUAUCCCACAAAAACCAUACAUGACAGUGGGUUGUCUUCGAGAUCAAAUUAUUUAUCCAGCGCAUUCUAGAUUAGAGAACUGCUCGGACGAAAAGCUGUUACAAUUGUUGGAUGAUGUGGAUCUACGAAGUAUUGUAGAACGAGAACCAGAAGGUUUUGAUACCCUCGGUGAUUGGGACUCUACUCUAUCAGGUGGCGAGAAACAACGGCUUGCAAUGACUCGACUUUUCUAUCAUGCUCCACAAUAUGCGCUUUUAGAUGAAUGCACAAGUGCCGUCAGUCUUGAAGCUGAAGGAAUAAUGUACGAAACCGCGAAAAAGAAAGGAAUCACUUUGUUAACUAUCACUCAUCGAGUGGCGUCGCUUGCUAAAUAUCACAAAUUAUUGUUGAAAUUUGAUGGAGAAGGUGGUUGGACUUUUGGUCCUCUGGACAUGAAUGGAUUACCAAUAUCAAAUCGGGAAACUAAUAAGGAAGAAGCAGAACAAGAGGAAGCAAAGACUAGCCACUAUCACAUGUUGCAUGAGCUACGUGAUAUACAUCCUGAAAAUACUUACGUGGGAAUCAGUUGAAAAGUACAGCUUAUGGAACCAUGUACCACAAACGGAAGAAAAAGAAUAUAGAUAUGAAAUAUAUAAGGAUAUAAAUAUAGAAUACGAAAAAAGUAUAAAAUUAUCUAUUUUAUAUUUUUUACAUGGAUUGUAUCCUAUUUCCUAUAUCAUAAAAUAUUAAUAUAAAUAGAAAAUAAUAGACAAAUUAUGGUGUGUAGAUACAUGUGAAUAUACAUAUAUAUAGGAUUACGCAUUGUAAAAAAUAUUUUUCUUAUUUUUAGAAUGGUAAAGGAUGCAAUAUCACAUUUAUAAAAUACAUAUUAUAAUUAUGAUUAUAAAAGAAAAA